CUCAUGCGAAGUUUGUAAGCUUGGCUGUGAUUGGCCACUUUACAUUGCGGGAAAAGUUGCGUGAGGAAAAUGUCAGAAGUAGAUACUAGCGGUCAAGUUAACAAAGAAAAUUUAUACAGCCUAUCUCAACCUAAGAAAAUGGCUAUAACUGUCAAAGAUGAGAGACGGACAUUGAAGACAUUGCAGUUGACCCCUGUUGGAAAAUUGUCUGGAGUAGAGAAGAAGCCGGCAAAGACUUUAAUUCAGACCAAGAUCUUCCCAUCCACUAAACCCGUGAAGGUGUUUGAGGACAAGCCCCGAGUGCCAUCCCCCCUGGCGAGGUCUGUGCAGGAGAUGUGCAUUCAGGCAUCGCCGGAGAGUUCGGAGGUGGAGGUGCAGACAGACCCCUCAGAGUUGGAAGGGGCCACCGGGGGUCGUGGCGACGCCCACAAUGACAGCGGGGUUGGGGCAGACCAGGAGGCCUACGAUCUCAUGGUGAAAGAUCCGAUUCCGGAGUCUUACUGGAGAGAGUUGGCUGAGGAACGCAGGCUGUCCCUGGCAGAGGCUCUCGCAGAAAAUGAGGCGCUGCACCAGUCUAUGGAGGAGCUGAAGGAAGAGAACCUGAACCUCUCACUGCUUGCCGGUCAGGCAGAGCACCUGGCCUCCAUACUGGACGAUGCCCUAAGUAGUGAUGCCGAUGACACUGCAGAGACCAGCGAGCCGACAGCAGACCAGAACAAGGAAGGGGCAGUGGACAGUGAACAACCGACACAAACUAGUUAAUAUGAAGAAUAGACCAUUACCGCACCAUUCAAGUUUGGCAGCUACAUUUCUCUAGAACCGUUGUGACUCCCUUUGCAAUACCGCUAAAGUGUCUUUCAAAGUGACAAACUCUCUUUAUACUGUAUGUAAAAUGAUGUAUUCAUUAGAAUAGUAAUUUUCUAGGACUUGCUACACACUGUUUUGAUUAUUCUCCUCUGUGUUAUGUUCAUUUUUGAAGACUCUUGGGCAAUUAUGUAGAAAAAAAGUAUACACCUGAAAUUUUACUCCUAGUUUAUUUUGUCUUCAAAAAUAAAAGGGGUCAUUUGAAGAAUCUUAUAAAUAAAAGACAAUAUAAUUCAAAGUGAAUCUAUUUUGAAGCAAUUUGUUGAAACGCAUUAAAAGCCAAAACAGUCUAGUAAAAUUAAAACAUAUGUGUAUUUAAUUUGUAUGCAGUGGUAGGUUUUUUAAGUUUUAUUUUUAUCACAUGAGUAAAUAUGUCAUAAACCUUCAACUUGCUGACAUAUAAUGUUUGUAAAUUUGCCAAUAUAAACUUACAAUUAAAAUAUGAUUUUCUCUUACAUUUAAAAAAAAAAUAGUGCAUUAAGUGUUCAUGACUUGUUUGUCAACUAUAAUAUUUAAAUGUUGUAAACUAUUCCAGUAUUGUUUGACUAAGACGGUAUGAAUGGUUGUAUAUAAUGUUUUUAAAAAUUAUGUUUUAGCAACCGAUGUAUGUAUGUGUGUGGUAUACAAUGUUGUUGGUUUUCAACAUUUACAUAAAAAUGGUGCUGUAAUGCAUUACAAAAUAUUGCAUCACUACGGAUAUCGUUUGUUCAGGAUUUCACAUUGAUCUCAUAUUUUUCGAAGGUGGCUGUUUGUAUAUUUAUAAUGUAUGUGGACAUUAAUUUGUUUUACUAUUAUCAGUUAUUUUGAAGUCAAGAUAUAAGAGUUUAUGUAAGCUUCUGUGAUUCAAGAACAUUAUUCUAUGCCCUAAUACCUUUCUUGGUGGACGUAAUCUUGAAUAUGUUUUGUUUGAAUUUUUUUUUCGUGGAUACUUUUCUUAUGUUUUAAUGUUUAUUGGUCUUUUAAGUUAUUCUUUUGAUUACAAACUGUGCUAGCAUACUAACAGAUAACUUUUGAAAAAAGUAUUUACCCAUACUAAAAGUAACAUUUUCAUUUCAUUAGGUCUUAAACCUAUUUUACCACUGCUCAUAUGUUUACAUAUGACAAAUGACAGAAUAUUUGAAAGCUAUUGGAGAAAGACAGUACACAAGAAGUUAAAUAACGUUGAUUUACUAUAUUUACACUAACAAGGAAGUAUGUAUUGAAAACACAGUUGGAAGUAAUUGAAUUUCCUUUUGUAAAUGUAUGGUACGUGCUUUUUAUAAGUUUCCCUUUGCAUUAUUAUGAUCAUUAUAAGAAAAAUAAAUUUCCAGAGUUCCUUGUGUAUCUUUAAUUGUAUUAAAUUUCAGUAUAUGUGGAGGUUUAUUUGUGUGGUUUAUGUGUAAUCUAUUGAUGUAGUUUUGAUGUCAAGAAGCUCAUAUAUAUAUAUAUAUUGGCCGUGCUCUGUGAAAAAGGGGUUUAAUGCAUGUGCCUAAAGUGUCUUCCCAGAUCAGCCUGAGCAGUCGGCACAGGUUAAUCAAGUACAACACUUUCGGCUUUAAUGAUAUGUUUCAUUUCAAGAAAGGCUCUUCUUAGCAAAAAUCAAGUUUAGGCGGAAAGUGCUGUCCCUGAUUAGCCUGUGCGGACUGCACAGGCUUAUCUGGGACUACACUUUACGCAUAUGCAUUUAACCUCCUUUUCACGGAGCACAGCUCAUAUUCAAUUUAUAUGCCUUUAAUUUGAUUAUGCAAUAACAACAAGUAUAUUGCUACAGUCUUUCAGUCGUAUUCUUGAUUUUACCUCCUUAUUAAACAUGCAGAAUUGUGUUGCUGAAAUAUUUUCCUAUAUGUGACUGUAUUAUACACUUCUCAUUGUAUGUAGAAUUGAUCUGAAGUGAUUUUGUGUUUGUAAUAUAGUUGUACAAAACAUUGUUUUAUACAUUGUUAAAUAAACAUGGAAUUCAAUAA